UAAAAAAUAAUAUGAGUAGGAAGUGUCAAUAAUAAAUAUUUAUAUUAAAAUAUACUAUAUAUCUAUGUCAAUAUCAAUAAAUUUUAAUUUAUAUCAUAUAAAGUAAAUAAAAUGAUUGUUUUGAUUUAUUUACCAAAAACGUGAUUGUAAAUUAACAAAAGAUAUUGGUUUUAAUUUAUGUGAUUACUCUAAUGUAUAUACUUUUAUGUAUACAAAUUUAUCUUUUAAAUUGGUGGUUUCUGAUAUCUUAUUUCAUCUUGAAAAUCCGAGAAACACACUUUUUCAAAUCAAACUGAUUUUUAAUUUUGGAAGCACUAUAUAUAUAUAUAUAAUUUAGUCUUGAUUUUUAUUCCUAAAAAGUUUUUAAUGAAAUAUCAUGACAAGAUUUUAAUCACCUCCUUUUGAGUUUUUUCGAAGAAUGAGAGAUUUGAUCAUUCGUCUAAUAUUGUUUCUCCCUAAUAUCCUAUCUAACUAUUAUAAUUGUAAGAAUGAGAGUUUUGAACUAUUUAUUAUAAGUUUUAUGGUUUAUCAUUUAAUAAAUCAAAAAGUUCUUAGUUUAUACAUAAUUUACAUAUACUAGAAUGGUAAAGUAUUUUUUUUUGUCUCUAUACUCUUAAGUAACUAGACCUCAAAAGCUUGAUAUAUUAAAAUAAGUCAUUUGUUUUGUUGUUCUAGAAUUAGAUGAUUUUUAGACCAAACUGGUGAAUAUAUACUAGACAUACAUUUAUAUUUCGCGUCUGCACUUAUAUUCUAUGAUAGCUUGAUAUAUUAGAUAUAAACACUAACCUGUUAAUAUAGUUUGCCGGUGAUUUUCUUCAAAAUUUUGAUUCUUAUAUGUAUUUGGAGUGGAACUAAUUUUUACAGAUGUCCAUCUUUUAAAUUGACACUUAUGUAAUUCACCGAAUUCAUAGACCAAGUUAAAAAAAGAAACUAGACUCAUAUCAAUGCAACAAAGACGAGAACGAAUGCACAAUUUUAUAAAGGUAAAAACUGAAAUCACUUAUGGGAAGUCAAUAGUAAACAAAACGAGAGUAGAAAACCGAAUCCCCUUUCGUUAUUAUUCAAUCGAUGUUGCCUAUUUGGUUUUGGUGAUUUGAAUCACCCACAAUAGUUAAUUUCUUUUUGUGCAUAUGAAAUCUUAAAAAUAAUUGAAAUAAUAUGUAAUACAUUAAUUCUUCAACAACAAUGAUAGAUUUAAGAGACCAACAUUUAUAUACGUCAUUUUAUAAUCGAUAAAAAUUGUAAUAUUGCAAAAUAUCAAAACUAUUUAAUAAAUAAACAUUAUUAUAAAAACUCACGCGGAUUAUUAUCUAGUGUACUUAACCCAAAACAUAUUUACAAAACAGUCUACCACUAUGGUUUGCUGUAUAACCGAAUGAAUGGGGGCCAGAUACCCUUCACUACUGCAAAUAAUAGUUCCCACUUCCCAGUUCUAUCACUACUGCAAAACUAAUUCCAUCCAAAUCCACAGUGUGCAGUUAGGAUUUUUCAAAAGAAACAAAAUAAAAACAAUUAUUAUUUAUUAUUAAUCAAAUAAGUCCUCGUGCUUUACACCUGCUACCAACAAAAGCUUCCUGCAACCUUCCAAAUCUCCAAGACAGAGAGUCUUUUUAGCAUUCUGACAAAACUGUCUGUUUCCCGCCAUAGUAACCGACAAACUCUCCACACUCCCCGAGACAUCUCUCUUGAGAUUCCCCACUCUCUUCUUCCUUCUCCCAAAAGAUGCUACCUUUCCCCGUCGACACACAAUGGCCUCCCUCACUCCCGGAGUUCUCUCCAACCUCCUCGAACUCGCCGCCGGAAAAGUCAUUUCUUCUUCUUCUUCUCCGCCGUUGUUGUCUUCGCACCGUUUCCCGCUCCUCCAGGUGAUCGAGAUCGUCCCCUGUCUCUCCGACAACCAAUGGCGUAGCGAAAGAUUCUUCGUCAAAGUCUCUGACUCUCUCCACGCCGCUUACGUCGCCGUUUCCGCCGCCGACGACGCCGAUCUGAUACGCUCCGACGAGAUACAGCUAGGGCAGUUUGUGUACAUUCGCGGCGGUUUACACGUGGAGAAAGGAUGUCCUGUUCCCGUCGUCCGUGGGCUCAAGCCGGUCCCGAAGCGGCGGACGUGCGUUGGAAACCCUAGCGAUCUCGUCUCUAGCGACCUGCUUCUUGAUUUUACUCCGGUCUCGGUUGAUACGACCAAGAAGAAGAGGAAUCUUGGUGGUGACACGAGGAGGUUGAGCUUGGACUCCGCGAGACGGAGCUGUUGGGAUCAUACUAGUCCUCCGGUGACUCGCCGCCGUGACGCAGCAUUGCUUCUUUCUUCUUCCCCACGUCUCAAACCCAAAUUGGUCUUGAGUGAUAAGAAUCUGCCAAAGAAUGAGUCUCCAUCAAAGCACCUUAACUGUGAAACCCCUACCUUAAGAAAUAGAAAUGUGGUUAAGCCUGCAUCACCUAUAUCCAUAGUCAAGUCUCCAAAAGAUGGUAUCAAGCCGUUGUCAAAGGCAGUGACUCCUACAGUUGCGUAUUAUAAGCUGCCUUCAAGUCACAGGACUUGGUCUGACCAGAGAAUCUCAUGGACCGGACUCCCCAAAACCAUUCAAGUUCUUGGAAAGGAAGUUUCAACACAUAGACAAGUAGCAGUAAAGGCCGCAGUAAAAGCACUAGAGGAAGCAUCUACCAUGGAGUCUGUUCUGCUCAGUUUACAGUCCUUCGCUGAACUAUGUGACUCUUCUAAACAUUUAUCAGCGGGACAAGUUGUGCGACGGUUCUUGGACAUCUACCACAGUACACUGAACACAUGCAAAGCAAUCCAUCUGUUGCUUACUCAGAACAGAAACAACGGUUCUUGUAGAUCAGCAGCUAUGAAGAAUGCAGCAGCUUGGGUUCAAGACGCGGUAGUGACCGGUUUUUCCCAGUUCAAUUUAUUCAAAGAGCCUGGAAAGCAAGAUGAAGCUGCUUCUCCCAGAGACCAACAUCACUACAUUGUUAUUCAUAACUCCUCUGAGAAACUAAAUCCCAAGGAGACUACAAGUUCAAGAAACCAAUCUUACAAGGGUGUUAAACUUACUUCAACGAAACAUCGUUCUGUUUCUUCUGAAAGAAGCAACUUAGAAGGUAAAAACAGGUUAAAAGAGUCGUUGAGUUUAGCUGACGAGCUACUUCGAGUUUCAAGCCAAUGGUUCUUGAAGUAUUUGGAGAACUCUCUAAAGAAAGGGUCGUUCUUAGUGAAGAAGGAAGAAGCGAAUGGGAAAGAGUCACUGGUAGGCCACCUUAAAGCAGUAAACUGUUGGCUUGAUGAUCUGAUCUCAAACAGAGGUGAAGUCAGUGAGAAAGUCGAAGAUUUAAGAAAGAAGCUGCAACGGUUUCUACUUAGACAUAUAGAAUCUGCCAUUGGAGAAACAAUGUAACACAAUCCAUCAGGACUAUUUCAUUUGUUAGAAUUUAAUGUUAAAUUUGGAUUUAUUUAAUUUCAUAGUUGCAGAACUUUGAGAUUCUUUAACAUUUUUAAUUUAAUAUAAAUGUGUGUUUCAUAGUUAAAUCAUAUAUAUUAUCUGUUUCGAGUUAUUUAAUAAAAUGAUAAUCAAAAUAAUCAUUUUAAUGAAAAGUAAUUUUAUUCUAUCAUUUAGAAAAUAUGAAUCAUGUACUUGUUAAUAGACAAAGAUUAUGCAUUAAUAAAUUAUUAUUAUUAUUAUUUUUAUUACUUUUUAAUCAUGUAUUAUAUAUUUAUAUCAUAUAUAUAUUAUUUUUUAACUAUAAAAAAUAUAUAAAAUGAAAUCAGAAAAAUUAUAAAUUUAUAUUAAUAUUGUUAAUUGAUUUAAUCAUUUGUAUUAAUUUAGGUUGAAUUAGAUUAGUUUAAAUUGAUUUUAACUGAUUUAAACCAUUAUGAUCCACUUAAAAUGAAUUUUAAGAAAAUUGUUGGACAAAUCUCCCAAAACUCAUUAAACAAAUUUGUAUGACCAAAAUAGCACAUAAGGAAGAAAAAAACCAAAAUGUUUUAUUAAAGAACAAAAAAAACUAAAUUACUUUUAAAGAGUAGUACAUUUUAUAAAAUAAAAUAUUUUGAAAAUUAUUAUUUUAGAUUUUAAACACAAUUUCAUUCGUUCGAGACACUAAUUCAAUGACAAUUCCGUGUGAGAAUUUUUCAGAGAUUGCAAGAUAAUUCAAACUCUCAUGUUUCUUUGUAAUUUUUAAAUUUAUAUCCAACAAUUUCAGUUUCUCUCGAAUUGGUGAAAAAAAUAACAAAACUUUAAAGAAUCGCUCACAUUUUGAUAAGUCAAGAACGAUGCGCCGUUUUUACUGGACAAACGACACGCAAACUAACAUUAUGCCAUGUGUAUUGUUUCGAUCAAACCAAACGACGCAAAGAGUACAUCCGUACUCCGCCGUUCCGAUUAUGCCAUGUGUGUCUCGAAGCGGUGGGCCUCCGUACUCCGCCGUCCCGAUUUCACGGAGUUGUUCUUCACCAAAUCUUUAGCUCGGCCUCUGCUAUAUUUCGCUUGCCGCAAAGAUGAUGACAAGGCAGUGCUAUUUUUCUCCACACCUCUCGGAAAACAUGAAUGGUUCAACCAUAUUUACAAAUUACCUCGUAGGUGGAAUGAUGUAGUUGGAGAGAAGAUCAUACAUUUUGUUGGAGUGACGGCUACAAAUGAAUUUGUUAUGUCUCCCUUCCAUCCAUUUCACCCUUUCCAUGUUUACUAUUACAAUUUAACAAGAGUUGAAAUCCAAGGAAUGGAAGCGUAUGAUAGGUGUUACGGUGUUCGCAUCUUAGUGAAGCAUGUAGAGGACGUGGAGCUUAUGUAAUUGUUUUAGGAUUGUUUAACCGAAAGCUGGCUGGCUCUUCAUUUCUCAUCUUGAGGAUCAUGUUGUCUUAAUUAGAGCACUUAUCUUUACUCUGUUUUUGUGUGUUUGUGAUAACGUUUUCAGUUAUCCGAAUGAAUAUUCUCAGUUGUCUACCAUGAUGUUCAUCUUUUCUAGAAA